AUGGCACCUCCAUCAAAUUCUUUUGAAGUUUCCGUUCAAUCUAUCAAUGAUAGUCAGUUACAGAUUGAAGUUUCACACGCUUUUGAAGAAAUUACACCUCCAUCUGCAUCUACUUUUGCACCAUUACAAAAGCAACCGUGGGAAAUAUUUAUUAAUCAUCGUGGACCAGAUGUCAAAGACACGCUGGCCAGAGCUAUCUUUUAUGCCCUCCCAGCCAGGGGUUUUAGGGUUUUUCUUGAUUCUGAGGGUCUCCAGUUGGGAGACUUCUUUCCCGCAGCAGUGGAAGAAGCAAUGCGUAGUGCUUCCCUUCAUCUAGCAAUUUUAUCUCCCACAUAUGCACAAUCGCCAUGGUGUCUUGCCGAGCUAUCCUUUAUUCUCAAAUCUGGCAAACCUAUCAUUCCUGUCUUCUGCUCUGUUCAACCUACGGAUCUGCGAUGGGUGGCUCAAGGAAAAGGAGUUUAUGUGAAUGCUUUCGCGGAGUAUGAGAAAAAUCAUAGAUACAGCUCAGAAAAGCUCCAGCAGUGGAAGACGGCACUCCACAAGGUCUCAUUUUACAAAGGCGCAAUCAUCAAUAACAAAGAGUAA